AUGUCCUGCCUGAGGAAUUUCAGUGUUUUCGUCUCAUGCAUGUUUCUCUUCAUCAUCCAGCCAGGUCAUGGUUCUGAGAUUGUUGGAGGGAAAGAAGUCGAGCCACACUCACUGCCUUUCAUGGCUUAUGUGGAAGGUGGACGAUCUUCGUGUGGCGGGACAUUAAUACAUCCACAAUGGGUCCUGACAGCUGCCCACUGCACUGAUAUGACUCUAGUGAUCCUGGGAGCGCACUCCAUCAGGAAAUCGGAAGUUGAUUCUUGGAGAGUCGUUGAGAAACGAUUUCCUCAUCCUGGCUAUGACAGAGUAACCAAGGUCAAUGACCUCAUGUUGUUCAAACUUAAGAAACCAGCGAUUCUAACCAACACAGUGAAACCCCUUCAGCUGGGCAAAAUCGUCAGAGACCCUCUACCUGGAAGCAAGUGUAUGGUGGCUGGAUGGGGACAAACUGAAAACAACCAAACAUCAGAUGUUCUCCUGUCUGCCAAUGUGACUGUGUUCAGCAGACAGACAUGCGACUCUUAUUACAACCAUCACCCUGUCAUCACCAGUAACAUGAUAUGUGCAGGUCAUGAUGGUUUAGAUGAGGGUGAUACAUGUAUGGGGGAUUCUGGAGGUCCACUGCUGUGUAAUGGAGCGCUGGUUGGGGUCACUUCAUUUGGACCAAAGAAUUGUGGCUCCAUGAAAAGUCCAGUCUUUUCCUUUGUCUCAGAGAAACAACUCUCCUGGAUCAAAAAUACAAUGAAGUUAUCUGAAAUAUGA